UCAGCCUCUGGCCUUUCCAAGCCUCCAAUCCAUGAGAAGAAGUCAACGGAGGACUCGCCACCAUCACCACAGCCUGGACAAGUGCCUCAGCAACCUGUCUCAUGAGCUAGAACCUCAUAAACGUCCUACAUCAGAAUCAGAAAUGCCUUCAAGCUAUGUGAAACUAUCCCGUUUUGAUGAGCCAGGGUCUCAACAGAAGGGGGCUGAAAUGUUAUCGGACAAGGAGAAGAUCCUGAGAGCCCUCAAAUUGAAGGCACUGAUGAAAAUUGAACGGAGGAAAGAUAUUAAGAACGGGAAGAGGGAGGUUAGACGGAAGCCAGAAUACACUCCUAUGGACCGCAGUAAGAUGACCAUGAGGGACCUCAUAUACUACCUACCAAACACCAGCCCCAUGCGGGGCUCCACGGUGAGUGAAGAGAAUGGAGAAGAGGCCGUUGUUCCACCAUCACCAAGGCUGCCAGUGAAGGCACCAGAGUUGGAGGAGGAAGAAGAAGAGGAGGAGUGUGAGGAUCAGGAUGUGUUGGUGCCGAAGGUUAGGGUAGCAGAGGAUGGCUCGAUUGUUCUGGAUGAAGAAAGUUUGACAGUGCGAGUUCAAAGGAACUCUAACACCAAAGUGGUGGAGGGCUCGACGGCCCUGUUUGAGCGAGGCUCUACUACAACAUACUCGAGCUUCAGGAGCCUUCACUAUGUGAGGAGCUGGUCAGUUAGAGAGACAGACAUGUUCUAUCUGGCCAUCAGCAUGGUGGGGACAGAUUUCUCUCUCAUUGGUCAGCUGUUACCUCACCGUAGCCGUGCAGAGAUUAAGAACAAAUUUAAGAAGGAGGAGAAAACAAAUGGAUGGAGAAUUGACAAAGCAUUCAGGAACAAGCGGCCCUAUGACAGGGAGUUCUUUAGCUUCCUGCUGGAGAAGGUUUUGGCCAAAGAUAAAGAAAAAGGAAAAUCUAUCAAACUGGUCAUGACAAAUCCCAGGAAACGUGGGAAAGCCAGAGGUAAAAAAGCAAAGCAGAAUGAAGAGGAAUAUCUCAGCGGUUCUGGUGCAGAUGAAGACUUUGACAUGGAGGACGGAAGUUACAUGGAUACUGAAAAAGAGAAUGAGGGUCUUCCCAAUGUGAACAAAGCUGAUAACUCCUUUCCUGCUAAGAAGAAGCGCAAAGGCACAAAUGACAUUAGCAAAGAUAAGGAUAAUGAGGACUCUGAGGAACAAGGCAAAGAGAAAAAGAAGAGUAAACGUGCCAAGAAAACCAAAAAAGCCAUGCACUCUCCUGAGGGUGACGCUAAAGGUGAAAGUGGCCUUUUCAACGCAGACGGCGGCUCUGUAAAUGCAGAUAAGGAUGACGAGCUUGACUCAAGUAUAUCUGCUCCCAAAAAGAAGCGCAAACGCUCAAAGAAAGCUGAAGAGGAGAGGCAGGAUGAAACGUCAGUUGAAAGAAGCAAAGGGAAACGAAGCCGAAAGUCACUUAAAGUUGGCGAUAACGCUGACGAAUCCAUCGGUGCUGAUGAAGAAAAUGGCAUUGUGGAUGAUGAUGACUCUGCAGCUGCAACAAAGAAGCGUAAACGUUCCCAAAAAAGUGACCUGAAAGAAGGCCGACCAGCCAAGGAGAAAAAAAGCAAAAAGGGAAAAAAGUCACAGAAAGACACAGUAGACGAUGAGGGAGCCGCAGAAGAUAUAGAAGCUUCAGUAACUGCAGAAGAUGGAGAAGCAGCUAAAGCUAAAAAGAAAGACACUUUCAUCCCAGCUGAACUGAUGGAUAAGCCUCCACAAAGGUCUGUCAGGCAACCUAAGAAACCGAGGCCUAAUCUGGCUGCAAGAAGGCGUAAGGAAGCCUCUGAACCAGAAACUACUGAUGGCGACGAGAUUCAUGAGAGUCAAAAUGAGAAUGACAGCACAUUAAUUUCGGAGGUGUGUGUCAGUGAGGUCAAACACAAGGAAGAGGUCAGUUCCUUGAAGGCCGACAAACUCCAGCAACAAGCCGUGGUUGUGCUGGAAAGGACUCCCCCAAGGGUGCAAAACCUCCUCAGCCUUUCUGAGGUCCAACAGGAGAGCAACGAAUCAGAGGCUUCUAUGAAUCUACCUGCUUCUCCAGUGACUGGUGAGAGUUCUUCUGGGCCAGCAAAUAAGGAUGCAAAGAGCCGAAAGAGUGAAGCGCAGUUUGACUGCUGAGAGGAAGAAAGGGAAAAGAAAAGCAGUGUUGGAUCAGAAUGAGGCUGAGCAUGAUCCAGGUACCUCAGCUGAGGAUAUGCAAUGUCCAACAGUUCUGCUAGAGCAAAUGGUCACUCA